UGUAGUUAGUCGUUUCACAGGCCUGUGUGGACUAAAACUUUACAUUUUUGCUUCUAUAACUUCAGUGAAAGAAACACCAACUCCGCAUUAACUAGAAUUUUGUGACGCCGGAAACAUCUAAAAUUUCACAGAUUUAAAAACAGAUUUGGCUACUUUCAUAAAAUGGCUCCCAAGACACCAGAAGCAGUGACGAGUACAGUACCUACUUCAAAAGAAAAGGUACAACCAGAAAACCUACCCCUGGUUUGGACAAAUAUUACCAUCUUCAUCUUCUUGCACGCCACAGCUAUAGUGGGGUUAUAUUAUGCUGUGACGCAACCCACAUGGCAGGGGUGGGUACUUGGGGUCGUUUCCUCCUUUUGCUCUGGUCUUGGAACAACCGCUGGUGCUCAUAGACUCUGGUCUCAUCGGGCUUACAAAGCAAAACUUCCACUUCGAAUUCUUCUAAUGCUAUUUAACUCCUUAGCUUGUCAGAACGAUAUUUAUGAAUGGUCACGUGACCACCGGGUUCACCACAAGUUCUCGGAAACCACCGGUGAUCCCCACGACAUUAAUCGAGGAUUCUUCUUCGCUCACAUGGGAUGGCUGAUGAAGAAGAAACACCCUGAUGUGAUCACAAAGGGAAAGACGGUUGACUGCAGCGAUCUGCUUGAGGAUCCUGUCAUACGCUUUCAACGAAGGUUCUACGUACCCCUAGCCUUUUUUUGUGGUUUCUUUAUACCCACUUUCAUCCCCGUGUAUUUCUGGAAUGAGAGAAUAUGGUUCGCCUUCAUAACUAAUGGUAUUCUCCGCUACGUCGUAACACUUCAUUUCACGUGGCUCAUCAACAGUGCUGCCCACUGGCGAGGAAACAAGCCUUAUAAUCGUUUCAUGACCGCAGUUGAAAACAUUUACGUGACGUGGUGGGCUCUAGGAGAAGGGUUCCAUAAUUAUCACCACACCUUUCCUCAUGAUUACGCCACCAGCGAGUAUGGCUGGAAUCGUAAUUUCACUUGCAUGUUCAUCGACUUUAUGGCUAUCCUUGGACAGGCUUACGAUCUAAAAAGUGUACCGAAAGAAGUUGUGGAAAAAACAAAACUAAAAACUGGUGAUGGAACAACGACAUUCGGGCCAUCUGUUGAAGAGCUUCAGAAAAUGAAACAGCACUAGUGAAUUGUGCCAGGAACAUCUAAUAUUAUUAUGUAAUUCAUUUUUGUAAGCAGCAGAAAGGAUAAAAAAAUAAGUAAAUGUUAAUAUUUAUACAAUAAUGAUAUUUACAAUGUUAUGACACAGCUGUAACAACAUACUAUGAUAAAAUACUCGUUCAUUAUUUUUUUAUAACUUGGAAUCUAGAAGAUUAUUGUGAUGAUGAUGUUAAACAACCAGCUUAAAGGCGAACCUGUCAUCAUCUUGUAGAAUAUUAAAUCUCCACAUUUACGAUCAGUGAGCUGUUAGCACUAAAAGUGACUGAGGGUAAAGGAAUUAAUCCUUGAAAGGCUGUGUCCCAGUUUUGGAGGAGUGGUUUUCAGUUUGUUUGUUUUGUAUUUUUAUUGCUUAGUCUAUUAACGUUAACAGGAAUUGUACCUGUGAUAAAUAACAUUAUCUGCAAA